AUGGCCAAUAGUGCAAAGUAUUCUGUGUCCCUCAGCACUGCCCAGAGCAUGGAGGAGAUGCCGGGAGAUAUGCCAUGUGAACCUGCUCUCAUCUAUGAAGAACACAGGGAACCAAUGGUGAAUGUGCAAGUCUUAAUUCUCUCUGAUCACAACAUGGCCCUCUCAAAGACUACCCAGAGCCUGACCACAGCGGCAGAAAUGCGUGAAACCACCACAAUGCUGAUGCAGCCCAAUGCAAACUGGGAGGAGUACCUGUACCCUGCUCCCCUCUCUAUUGCCAUCAUGGGAGAGCUUGCUGUCAUCUCCUCUGAUGUCAAGAAUGACUUCUCCAUCAACAAGAACCCUCCACCAAACGGCUUCCAGUACAUUAAAUACCCAGACUCCUUCAGGGCAUGUCUGAUGCAAAUUUGCAACUCUGGAUGGCAAGCUUUCAACAAGGCCCACAAGAACAUGGAUCAAAUCCGCAUUCACACUGGCAAUGUUUCUGAUUUCAUGAAGGAGGCAGUCGAGAUCCUUUUCAAUGCUCCAGAUAACGUAAUGGACAAACUCCUCCCAAACCAACUGGAAAACAUCAGUGACAUUGCAGACGAAUGUGUGAUACUGGCAGAAGGAGUUGAGAAGAAAUACUUGGACGUGAUCUGUUUAAUCCAAGAACUUCUGGAGGCAUGUAUCAAUGCUCAACAUUUUUAUGGAGAAGAACUGGAGAAUAUCAAAACAACAAUGAAGGAAGCACAACUGAGGGAAAAGAUGGCUAAAGAGUUCAAUGACCGAUCCAAGAAAGCAAUGGAGGCCAUGGGUCAGCAGGUAGAAGAAGCACAAAAUGCAUACAAGCAAGCAAUGGAGUUAAUUCCCACUGGAUGGGAAAUGAUAGGCAUGGAUUUUCUUGAAGGUCUUGCCAAUAGUGUAAACAGUAUAAUAAAUGGAUGCACAAAAAGUAUGAGUAAUGUUGGAAUUAAAGGAAUGCUUCACCGAGUCAGUUUUGCAGAGGAGAUGGAUAUAACUUCAGACAUGAAAAUCCUAAGCAGCUCAGGAGCCAUUCUGGAGAUCAUGGGCUCCCUGAUCCAGAAUGUCAAUGAAGAUGAAAUUGACUGGAGAAACCUCUAUGACCAGAAGUCAAAAUCUAUGAAGAGUAAGUGGACCAAGACUCAGUUUCAAAACCUCAAGGAUGAUUUUGAGAUGUGUCCAGACAAUAAAGCGAAGAAGAGUGUUUUGUCUCUACUCAGAAAGGGCAUUGCCGUUUGUGAUGACCUGGCUACCUAUAAACCAGACCAGGAAUGGGAUAGCAAGAAAACUAAAAAGCUCAUUAAAGACUUGCAGAGCCUCCAGAAACAGGCCCUGGCUUUUGACUCCAAAAGCAAAAAACUCAUGGGUUCUCCAGCCCUGGCCCCCAAGUCCCCAAUGCUGUCAAAAGCACUAACCAACAGCUUAGGGGAUACGUCGGUUUCUCAGCAAGCAUCAGAGAAUGCCCGUUUCCGCAUUGAGCAGAGCCGAGAGCAACUCAAGCAUACACGAGAGCAGUACAACAAGUGUGUGGAAAACAUGGAGAAGAAUCGUAAGGAACUGACUGAGAUCUUGUGUGAACUACAGAACUGUGAGAUCAAAGAGAUUGACUUUGAGACUACCAUCAAAAUGCUGGUGAAGGGCAUGGAUGCCAUGGGCAGGGUCAAAGAACAGUGGGAGAAGAUGGUGCUCUUCUUCCAGAUGGUCUCCAACAUUGUCAAAACCAGCCUCCACAGGACACUCACAAAGUUUGUGACAGCAGAGAGUACAAAAGCACGGAUGUACAACAUCAAGCUCUUCACCAAAGACAUGCUGUACAACCAGAUGUUUCAGGCCUCCAACAUCGCCAACCUGGUCCACAUAAUCUCUGGCACCUACACUGAAAUCUCUGGAAAGUACCUGAUGGACCGAGUGAGCAGUCCGGGGAGGCUCAUGGCCAUGGACAGCAGCAACCCACAACUCAUGAGGGAGCGUGAGAUGCUUCAGGAGUCCUGCAAAGAAGCACAAGAUGGCAUCCUACAACUAGUCCUGAAGAACAAGAAGGAGUUUGAGGAGAAGACAGAUGCCAGGAUGGCCAAAAUUGAGGGGAGCCUGAAAGCCAUUUUGCCUGCUGCAGCGCCUGAGACAACUGAGAGAUUGAAAGAGAUAGUGCAGGCUGGGUUUGCUGGGAAAGAACAGCCUCAGACAGUUUUGUGAAGUUACGAAGAUGGUGACCAAUACUGCUGAGUUUUUGUAUGUUGUCUGUUUCUGACCCGUCUAGGUUU